UAAAGAUUCUGACAUCACACAGAUUCAAUUUUCCAGAAGAUUAAAACCCUAGAUCUUUUGAAGAAGAAGGAUGAGUUCAAGAAAAUUGCAAGUGGUAUCCCCUGUCCCAGCAGAUAUCGACAUUGCAAACUCUGUUGUUCCUCUUCACAUCUCUGAGAUCGCUAAAGAUCUCAAUCUUAACCCUGAUCACUAUGAUCUUUACGGAAAAUACAAGGCCAAGGUUUUGUUGUCUGUGAUUGAUGAAGUUAAAGAAGGACAAGAUGGGUAUUAUGUUGUUGUUGGAGGAAUCACACCAACACCUCUUGGAGAAGGCAAGUCUACUACUACUGUUGGUCUUUGUCAAGCUUUGGGAGCCUAUCUUGAUAAAAAGGUUGUCACCACCCUCAGACAACCAUCACAAGGGCCAACAUUUGGGAUUAAAGGUGGUGCAGCCGGUGGUGGUUACAGUCAAGUCAUCCCUAUGGAUGAGUUCAAUCUUCAUAUGACCGGUGACAUCCAUGCAAUCACUGCUGCAAAUAACCUUCUGGCUGCUGCCAUUGACACCCGAAUGUUUCACGAGUCCACACAAUCAGACAAGGCUCUUUUCAACCGCUUGUGUCCACCAAACAAAGAAGGCAUUCGCACCUUCAACGACAUAAUGUUUAGACGCUUAAAAAAGCUCAAUAUCAUCAAGACCAAACCCGAGGAUCUGACCCCAGAAGAAGUCAAUAAAUUCGCUAGACUUGACAUUGACCCCGACAGCAUCACCUGGAGGAGGGUUAUGGAUGUAAAUGACCGAUUCUUGAGGAAAAUCACCGUGGGUCAAGGCCCAGAUGAAAAGGGGAUGACUAGAGAAACGGGUUUUGACAUAUCCGUUGCCAGUGAGAUAAUGGCGGUUUUAGCCCUCACSAMWUCUCURUCKGACAUGAGAGARCGGCUCGGGAAAAUGGURAUYGGWAACAGYARAGCYGGUGAWCCUGUSACYGCYGAUGAUMUUGGKSUYGGAGGUGCMUURACUGURCUMAUGAAAGAYGCMAUYAAUCCRACCUUGAUGCAGACUCUUGAAGGCACCCCUGUUCUCGUUCACGCUGGUCCAUUUGCCAACAUAGCUCACGGCAACUCGUCCAUUGUGGCCGACAAGAUCGCGUUGAAAUUGGUUGGGCCCGGUGGGUAUGUUGUUACAGAAGCAGGGUUUGGUUCUGAUAUAGGAACCGAGAAGUUUAUGAACAUCAAAUGUCGAUAUAGUGGUUUGAAACCUCAGUGUGCUAUAAUCGUGGCAACCAUCAGGGCUCUCAAGAUGCACGGUGGUGGUCCACAGGUUACAGCCGGAAGGCCACUUGACCAGGCUUACAUUACUGAAAACGUGGCUCUUGUGGAAGCCGGGUGCGUGAACCUGGCUAGACACAUAGUGAACACAAAGGCUUAUGGUGUGAAUGUUGUUGUGGCUGUGAACAAGUUCUCGACUGAUACUGAUGCAGAAGUAGCGGCUGUCAAGAACGCUGCACUUGGAGCCGGAGCAUUUGAUGCUGUUCUUUGCACUCAUCACGCUCAUGGCGGAAAAGGAGCGGUUGAUCUUGGAAUUGCAGUUCAAAAAGCUUGUGAAAGUGCCACACAACCAUUGAAAUUCUUGUACCCUUUGGACAUAAGCAUCAAAGAGAAGAUAGAAGCCAUAGCAAGAUCAUAUGGUGCUAGUGGUGUUGCAUACUCGGAACAGGCUGAGAAACAAAUUGAGAUGUAUACCAAACAAGGAUUCUCCGGUUUGCCAAUCUGUAUGGCAAAAACCCAAUACUCGUUUUCCGACAAUGCCUCAGCCAAGGGGGCCCCAACAGGAUUCGUGUUACCAAUUAGGGAUGUUAGGGGAAGUAUUGGCGCUGGUUUCAUUUACCCGUUGGUUGGAACUAUGAGCACAAUGCCUGGACUUCCUACACGACCAUGCUUCUAUGACAUUGAUCUCGACACUGAGACUGGACGAGUGAAAGGGCUUUCUUGAAACGAAGAAGGUAAAGAAGGGAUCGAAAUUUAUUCAUUCGCAGUUCUGCAUUUUGAAAAAGAUCGAGGAGGAGUUGUACUUUACGUUGUGUAUUAAGAUGAACUAUGACUGUUUCAGGGCCUUUGAAAUUGGUUCACUUUUGGUUUAGUGAGUAACAGUUGAUGUACCCAAACCAACUGAAACAAUGUGACAAAGGUAAUAAAUGGAUAUUUGGAAAUCUAAUGUUAAUGUCUCUUAUA